UUUUAAUACGAUUUCACUGUAUAAACAAUGAAGAAGUAUAAUUACAUCGUUGCCAUUCUAAAAUUUCAAAUCCUAUUUAAGAUCCUUCGGGGUGACCGUGUUAUGAGGAUCGUAUGUGGGGCAAUGGUUGAGAUGGGUCUUGCUCAGCCUUAUGAUGGUACCUAUGUUAGUGCCCAGGUGGGUCUGCGAUUCUUGUUAGUUGUAGAAGCAAUCUGCUGAGGCUCUCCGUUAGGUGUAUUCACUGUUUGUUUGUUGCAUGAUUUUUGAGUACUGACUUUUUUGAUGGCAUGAUUCUUUAGCGUGCUUUCUUGGCGAGUGUGUGUGGAAGGAAGGUUAAAAGGGUCUGGGUUCCCGGGUUUCCUGGGUUGGUUUGUUCUUUGACGACGGGAUAUCAGGAUAUUACCACGACAUAACGAUACUGGACUCGAUAGUUAAAGCCAAGAUAUCUGGAUCAAUAGUUCACAAGUAUGAUUUCCUCUUCUGAUGAAAAGGUUAUGUCAGACUUUGGUCAUUUGCCUUCCUCUGCAGCAAUGCCAGAUAAUGGUGAUUUAUCUCUUUCUCCGACAAGUCCGUUCCAAGUGUCUCCCUCCACCACUUUUUUAUCUACUUCUCUUCACGAGCUGGUAAAAGAUAUCACCACUUCCGCGGCGAGGUUGUUCUGGAUCGACUUGCCCGACCAUGAGGAAGACCAGAUCACUGAUCUGUUUGAUCAAUUGGCUUUUACGACUAUAGGCACAAUAUUUUUCGAAUCAGAAGAAAUAACAUUCAGCAAGGAAGUCCGGGAGCUAUUGAUUGGAAAAUUCAAGGCUUUGCUGAGCUGCAGCAAGAAUGUGAUGGCACUGAUGAGAAUGUUCGAAAAAGGUCAGACUCCUAACGUGUCAAAGAAUGAUGAGAUGAAAGAAUUUUCUGAGAAACUAGAAGACGUGAGCAUAUCAUGCAUGGUGCUCGGUAUGGGGGCGCAAUGGUUGAGAGCGUUUGGAUCUGGAAAUAAGACUAGUAGAGAAGCUUAUUUAUUGCCCUCAAAUAUGUCCUAUCUGGGUCGUUUACCACUUUUAGUCAGUGGGUUGGAAGAGACAUACAAAGGUCUUGAUCUGAUUGGUUAUCAAGAAUAUCUUGCCUUGAUUGGUGUUCGAGGAAAAGAGCAUGAAACACUAGCGAAGGAAUGCGAUGAGAAACUCAUCGACAGGAUGGGAGAGACUACUGAUAAACCUAUUGCUCAUCUUUAUCUUCAUUCCAAAGCACCACCUCAAUACACACCUUCCAUUGCCUCCGCAAAAACUGCAGUAAAUGAUACAACUUCAACCAACCCGGAAAAGAAUACGGGAAACAAAAUCCACUACGAGACAUGGACUCUCCACCAUGUACCUGCCCAUAUAAAGCAAGAUUGGUGGAUGUUGACUGGGUGCGACCUUAAGGUAUGGCCAACCGGGCGAGAAUACAUUAUGGAGGAAUGGUCACUGUCAUCUGAUAAGUUACAUCCUGCCGAAAUUUCAAAAAUCAGACAGAGAUUUCAAGAUGCAGCAAUGAGAAGAAUAUAUGGAUGUGGCAUGAGGAUGGAGAUCAAAGCGGAUGGAGAUGUGGAGAGACAAACGCGAGAAUAUUACUUGAGGGAUAUUGUCAAUAGACUGGGAGAGAAAGCGGAAAAAACACUUUUGGAUUCUUGUGGAGGGGGUCAUGAUGUUUUUCAAAGUGAUGAUAUCGUGCGAAGAUACACGAUCGAAGCGAUCGAGGCGAGAGAGCCAAGCGGACUUUUCGGUGGACCGAGAAUUAUGGGUUUAGAGGAGAGUUUGAAGAUGAAGAGGGACAUGGAAUUUGGUAGGAGGAAGUGGUGGAAAAAGGUGGGAGAUUUCAAAGGGAAAGAGUGGUGGAGAGAGGGAAAGAAGAUUGAGUGGUGGUUAGAAGCCGAGAAGGUAGAAUGGGUUGUUGUGCUUAAGAUUGAGGACAUUGACCGUUCGAAGAGGUUCAUGCCAAGUUGGCAGGAUGAUUCUAUAGAGGGGAAAGCAGGUGUUAGCCAGGAGGUGCGAAGCAGCGUGGGACAAGGAGAGAAGAAUAGCAGUCAAGAGAACAAGGGUUUGAGUGUGGGUAACGUAAUUGAGAAGAAAGAUACGAAGGAAGAUGACACAAUGGGAGUCGAGGAAGCAGAGAGGAGAAUGAGAAUUUUGGCGAAAAGGUUGUAUGUUGAGGUGAAUGGUGAUGAGGAGAGAGAGGUUUAGAUAAGAAACCUGGGGAGUAUCCGGACUGCUCUCUUUAUUUUACAAUGGAUGCUGAUGCGAUGUACAAGGCUGGUCUUGGGGAAUAGUUACAUUGGGCUUUCGGAAGGUAUUGGGGAUGAAGUGGAUCAAUAUCCUCUUUAUUUUAAAUGAAAUAAUGACAAGCGAUGAUUUUAA